AUGACCGACGAGUCGAAACGUUUAUCCAUAUCCGAAGCAUUUUCCGAGUUUUCAAGCGCUGCGUUUAGCGAAGUGACUAUGGGGACUUCUUCGAACAAAUACAACGUCGAGCGGAGCUUGACGAAGCAACUUCCGCCAUGUCCUUUACAGCCACCCCCCGACCUUAAAAAGUACAAAGCGAUACGUGAGAAGAAAGGGACGCGCGGCACCGACAAGUCUUCUUCGAUCUUUUCCGGGUCAAUAGUAUCUGACUCGACUGCAAUAACUUCCGCUUCUAUUCACAUCCAAGAGCGCAUCGAGGCAAUGUCCGUUGAGCUUUCUUUAGAGUUCAAUCAAAAGGGUGGAGUUGAUCAUAAAGAUGAGAAGUACUUAGUCUACACCAAUCGUGAACUUAACGACUUAAAGACGAUCGUCUGCUUAAUGUUAAAUCACUGCCCACAAAGUUUUAAUCUUCUCUUCAAUGGAAAAGGAGGAUUGGACACGGCUCGUGGGAUAUUGGCGAUGACCGCUAGUGCCCAAAUAACAAACGAAUUUCUUCACGAGAUGAUGAACUUGGAGUUUGAGGAAUUUGCGGGGACUGAUAAAUUGAUGCGACCAAAUUGCCCAACAAAUUUGUUGUGCCAAUGCCUGUUUGAAGCAAUCUUCAUUGAUCAAUUGAUUGAAAAGAUGAAACCCUUCUUCGAGGAAUUCGCAGAGAACAGAAACUCCUUUGAAAUUGAUGAGACGUACGUUGAAAAUAAAGACCAGAUCAACGGGAAUAUGGAAACAUUUAAACAAUGGAUAUCAAAAGCUGUUAAAAUAGUCUCGGACUUCAUUCCUACACUCCCACCUGCU